CUUUCAUUUUCAGCUUCGAAAUCUCCUCCUAAUAUUUUUACCCGAAGACAACGACGAUAAUUUACCCUUCAACGUCCCUUUCAAGGCUUUCAUCUUUUCCUUGCUUUAUUAGGGUUUGCAAAUUUUUAUUAUUAAUAAAAAUCAUUUUUUAUUAUAUAAAAGAAAACAGAUUCGAUCAUAUCCCUAACCCCCAAUCUUCGAUCUUUACACCCACAUUUCAAUAAAUUCUACACCAAUUUAAACUUUUUCCUUCUUUUUGGAAUUCCCUUUUUUAGAUUCAGAUAGAUUUUUAUUUCACUCUCACGUUUAACAUAAUUUUACAGAAUUUUUUUUCUCACAAAUUCAACGACACCCUUUUGCUUACAUUGUUUGGUAAGUUCCAAUUUCGCUUUUUCCUGUUAGCAGAAAAAUAUCAUGUUAAAGCUUUGUCCGUACAAUCAACGUAAAAGUGAUUGAAAGAAGAGAAAAUUGUUAAGAAAGGAGUUGAUUGCCAAGAAUUUUUUUUUAAAAAAUUAAAAAGGCUACUGUCAAAUGUUUGGUUCCGAUAGGAAUCCGGCGAGGGAUGCCGGCAGAGUGUCCACUGCCGGCAUGGUGUUGUUACCUAUUCAGUUUACAUGGCCAUAUGGUGGUGACGAUGUCUCUAUAUCUGGCUCUUUCAAUGGGUGGACUGAGCUCGUGCGAAUGUCACAGGUUGAAGGUUGCCCCAAUGUAUUUAAAGCUGUCUGUGCCGUACCACAUGGUAGUCAUGAGUACAAGUUUUUUGUCGAUGGUGAGUGGCGACAUGAUGAACAACAACCUCACAGGAAUGGCGAAUAUGGAAUAGUUAACACUUUUGACACUCUACCUGUACCUGCAGAGGUCUCUCAGCAUCAAAUUCCUGCAGUUAUAUUGAACCAAACAAUACCUAGGAUUUCAGAAGAGGAUUUACGGGCCUCCCGGUAUCAAAUAUCUGCAUUCUUGGCAGCACAUACGGUUUAUGAGUUACUACCUGAGUCAGGCAAGGUUGUUGCAUUGGCUGUUGAUUUGCCUGUAAAACAAGCAUUUCAUAUUCUGGCUGAGCAGGGUAUCCCUGUUGCUCCUCUUUGGGACUUCUACAAGGGGAAGUUUGUUGGAGUUAUUAGUGCUUCAGAUUUUAUAUUGAUUCUAAGACAGCUUGGAAAUCAUGGAUCAACUUUGAGAGAGGAAGAGCUUGAAACACACACUAUUUCUGCCUGGAAAGAGGGAAAGGCUCGCAGGAACGGACAAGUUGAUGGGCAUGGGAGACCAAUUCCAAGACAUCUCAUCUUUGCUGGGCCAGGUGAUAAUUUGAAGGAUGUAGCUUUGAAAUUUUUGCAAAAUGGAGUCGCCACAAUUCCUGUCAUCCAUUCAUCCUUAGAAGAUGGUUCAUUUCCCCAAUUAUUACAUCUUGCAUCGCUCUCUGGAAUACUAAAAUGCGUAUGCAGAUAUUUCAAACAUUGUUCUGGCUCUUUCCCCAUGCUACAAUUACCAAUUUAUGCUAUCCCUCUGGGUACAUGGGUUCCAAGAAUCGGAGAAUCCAGCAGUCGGUCAUUUGCGAUGCUGAGACCUACUUCUUCUCUUAGUUCAGCAUUAAAUAUGCUAGUUCAAGCUCGAGUAAGUUCAAUACCUAUAGUUGACGAUAAUGACUCAUUACUGGACAUAUAUUCUCGGAGUGACAUAACGGCAUUGGCGAAAGGCAGAGUUUAUACACAUAAUCUGAAUGAAAUGACUGUUUAUCAGGCAUUGCAAUUGGGUCAAGAUUCUAACAGUCCUUAUGAGCCAAGAACUCAAAGAUUUCAGAUGUGUUUGCAUACCGAUACAUUGCUUAAAGUGAUGGAACAAUUGGCAAACCCUGGUGUCAGACGACUUGUUAUCGUGGAAGCUGGCAGUAACCGUGUAGAAGGCAUUAUCUCGCUGAGCGAUGUUUUCAGGUUCUUGCUCGGUUAGUCCGAAAUAAUUUACAGAUGAACUAUCUAGGAGAGGUGAGUUUUUGCAGUGGCAUUUGGACUCCCAUGUCUUGUGGGCAACAUUCCAAGGCCCCAAUGUUCCGAAGAGACUGCAAUACUUCACACCGAUUAAUCAAAUCGAAUCAGAAUCAAAUCAAAUCUCAUUCAACCAUUGGAAUUGACCUCAUGCAUUUUGCCUGCAUAUUUUUAUUUUUAGAAAUUUAGGCCAAAGAAAUAGGCAUCAUUGUAAAUUUAAGAGAAUUUCAUUUUUUUUCCUGCAAAAUUUAUCCAUCCCUUGCAAACCAAUGGUUUCACCAUGGUAGAUGGCCAUUAUCUGCUAGGAAAUAUGUGACCUGUAAUUGUUUUAGUUUAUUGUUGUCUUAAAGUUUAUAAGUAAAGAUAUGGGGGAGCAUUAUAUUACUUUACUGAAUGCUCUGUACUCCCCUGUUUGAAACUCGUGUUUUACAUCCAUGUUAGACACAUAUCCAUAUCCAUAUUCGAUAUUCACCUCGAACCUCGUUCAUGAA